AUGUCCGAUUACCGAGAGAGCGGAGCCAAGAAGACUGGCCGUCGCCACUUGCUGCAUGCAGUCGUGACUCACGACUCAGCCUUCUUCACCACCUUCGCCGCACUCGCAUUCCUGGCCUCCGCCGUCAACGGCGUCACGAUGCUGCGCCAGGCAGAGCAAGGCAGCAGCACCAGUAGCAGCUGCACCCUCUCCGGCACCUAUAAGUCCGGCACCGACAUAUCGUCCUGCAGCUCCGUCACCAUCGGGUCCUCGACGGCCAGGGGCCAGUCGAUCACCCGCCCCGUGUUCUUCCGUCUGCACGGCGUGUCGGACUCGGUGCUCUCGGGCUUCACGCUCAAAAACUCGCCCUACCGCACCUUCAGCAUCGUCAACUGCGAGUCCACCGCCAUCAGCGGGCUCACGCUCGACUCGCGCGCUGGCAACGGCAUCGCCAAGAACACCGACGGCUUCGACCUGACCAAUAACGACCACGUCACCAUCACGGGCAACAAAAUCUACAACCAGGACGACUGUCUGGCCAUGCAGUCCAGCACCAACACGGUCUUCAGCAACAACUACUGCUGCGGCGGCACGGCAUCUCCAUCGGCUCGCUCGGAGGCAACGCCGUGGACCAGUCGGCAACAGGGCAACACGAUCGAGGACAGCGACAACGGCAUCCGCAUCAAGACCAUCAUCGGCAUGAAGGGCCUCGUCUCGGACGUCAAGUACUCCAACAACAAGCUCUCGAACGUCAAGAACGCCAUCGUCAUGCACUCGGACUACAGCAAGUCCAAGGGCGGCUACACGGGCUCCCCCACGAGCGCCGUGACGAUUGAGGGCGUGACGAUCUCCGGCCUCAAGGGCUCGGCCACCAACCUGU